CUAAUCGUUAAAUCUUUUCCAACAACAACACAUAGAAGUAUAUUCAAGUAAGCAUUGCAUAUCUCUUUAAUAAUGAUGUAGUUAGACUUCUCAUUGUUUUUGAUAUUUUUGUAUCUGAACCAAAACAUAGUACUGCACCAGAGUUAUCCAUAUUUUAUUUGCUUAACUACUAGUAUAUUUUUAAAUCGGGAAACAAAAAACUAAUAAAAUCCGACGUCUGGAUUUCAUGCUUUGACGUAAAAUAAUAAUGGAAUCCAUUUUCGUUUUGUUAUUAAAAUAGUUGAAUAAAACUGGCGAUUCUGCAGAACUUGUUUUCUCGAAUGACUUAAUACUCUUAUGCAAUACCAUGAGUACUAAGUUACUAAUCAACCAAUCAAAAUAAAAAGUAUUACUAAUGAGUAAUGAUAAAACGACAUUAUUACAGAAACCUAAUUCCCAUUUUGAUAGAAAGUUGAGACUAACCCCUACCCCUCCAUAUCCUUUUAGAUAUAAAAAAAGAAAAUGUGUCUAACGAUAAUCACUUUGAUCAUGGCCCAAAUCAUUCCCACCCAUGGAAAUGAUGCUCCCCAUCAAACCUUUUUUGAAAAUAAUAAUAAGGUAGAUUCCCACACCAGAAUUAUAAUAGAAAUUAAUUAAUUGUUUCCUCUUUCAUACCAUAACAUAAAUAUAUGAUCAAUCAACAAAUUCUCAAAGUCACAAUCUUUGAUUCCAAAAAAAAAGACGAUGGAACUAUCAUUAGCAUUAACAUCAACAGACCAUAAUCCAUCGCCUUCAGAGGCACAUCCAGACACUAUGGACUUUCUGUCUCGAGAAUGGUGUAAUUUCGCUGUUCAAUCACUUCAUCCCGACCCUAUCCUCUACGAUCGUUCCAUUGUUCCCGUCGAGACAUCGAUCGCCAAGUUUCAAGGCGACUCGAGUCCUGUUUCUUGUGCUAUGAUGGAUAAGAGCAUGAAGAUGGAAGAUCCAGAUUUUAAGCCCUCGAUGGCUUCAUGGAAAACCAAUGAUGUCAAGUCAUGGAUAUGGAUGCAACAAGCAAUGCACCCGGAAUUGAGCUACGAAGGCUUUUUCCGCAAGAAACUUAAACUUCCAUGGAAGAUUACGCCGUCGAUAAAGAAAUGGUGGAAAGAGAUAAAGGCGAAACGAAAGGAAGAAGUGAGGCUACAGAGAGCUGAAGUUCACGCUGCCGUUUCCUUGGCUGGUCUAGCGGCUGCUCUCGCCGCCGUAGCUUCCGAGAACGCCGGAAAAGAUGGUGGAAACGGUCGACCGAGCACGAGGGAGACUGCUGUGGCUUCUGCAGCGGCUGUGGUGGCGGCGCAGUGUGCGCAGAUGGCAGAGACAAUGGGAGCAAACAGAGAUCAGCUCAGCACAAUGAUUGGUUCGGCCAUGACCGGGACAAGUGUCAGUGAGAUACUCACUCUCACUGCCUCAGCUACAACUUCGUUGAGAGGUGCUGCGACGCUGAAAGCAAGAAGAGGUUGCAAGAUCAAUAGAUUGAAUGGCUCUGCUCCUGUGUUGCCUAUCGAAGACUCUUCUUAUUUGCCUCCUGAAUUCGACAAGAACAUAUCUGUUCUUGCUAAAGGAACCGAUCUCUUCGUUGAAACACCAGAUGGGGAUUUCAAGGCUAGGACAGUGUCUAUGGUCUUAAACAAAGAUGGAAAGGUGAUUCUCAAAAUGAAGAAACAUAACCUACUCAGGACUAAGAAAGAAAGUAUUGUGACGAAUGUUCAUGUAGAACUUUACAAAGAUUCAGAUAGCGAAGACAACAACAUAGAAGACACUUGUUAUCUCAUUGUCCUGAGAACAAACAGAGGAGCUAUCAAGCUAGACAUGGCUGAUGAUUACAGUCGUUACAAGACAUGGGUCACAACGAUCCAACACAUGCUCACUCUCUCUUCUUCCUCCUUAAGUACAAAUUACGCACUCACUUUCUACAACAAAAACUGAAAUUUUCAUCGUCUUGUUCAUCGUUUUCCCCGGUGUAAUUUUACUUUAUCAUCUCCUCUGUUUCUUAUGUCUCUCUCGCUUGAUCUUAUAAUAUAAUGCAUAAACAACUUGAGAA